AUGCUGUGGAGGAAAGAAGUACAAGUGAAUGUGUUGUCUGUAUCAGCAGGCCAUAUUGACUGUUGGGUGAAUAAUCAUCUCAUACAACCAUUCAGAGUGACUGGAUUCUAUGGUAACCCGGAAACAUCCUUAAGAAUUUUCUCUUGGGAAUUGCUAAGAAGAUUGGCGAGUUCUUGUAAAAGUCCUUGGGUUUGUUUGGGUGAUUUUAAUGAGCUGUUUUCAGAAAGAGAAUCAAAUGGGGUUAGAAGGAGACCAAUGUAUCAAAUGGAAAAUUUCCGAAAGUCUCUAGAGGAUUUUGGCUUGAGUGAUAUUGGUUUUGAAGGUUUUCCUUUCACUUGGUGUCGGAAGGAUGGUAAUGGGAAUGUUCUUUGGGAAAGACUUGAUCGAGUAGUAGUAAAUACAGAGUUCAGGAUCUUGUGGCACCAAACAAAGGUUCAUCACUUGAACAGUGUUGUUUCUGAUCACAAGCCAGUCCUUUUAACCCUUAAUGCCCAAAAUAGUAAUGAUGCUGGAAGCUCAGCAAGGAAAUGCAGAUUUCAGUUUGAAAAGAUGUGGUUGAAAGAGGAGGGAUUUGAAGAUGUUGUGAGGUCUGCCUGGGAACACAAUGGAGCUGAGGAUGUCUUUGGGAGUGUCAGGACCCAACUAAAGAUGUCUUUGGAAUUACUGCAAUGUAUUAAUCCUUCGAAGCAACAAAGUCAGAGGAAGGAGUUUAUUGAAAGAAAGAUUGAUGAUCUGCUGGAAAAACAAGAAAUUAUGUGGCAGCAGCGGUCAAGGGUGGAGUGGCUGAAAGAAGGGGAUAAAAAUACGAGUUAUUUCCAUGAAAGGGCAAAGGAGAGAACAAAGACUAAUUUCAUAGCAGGGGUGUAUAAUUCAAAGGGGAAAUGGUGCACAGAUAGAAGAUUGGUAACAAAAAAUUUUAGUUGCUACUUUCAGUCUCUCUUUGCAACAACAGGAGGUCAUAAUAUAGAGGUGAUCACUGACAAGGUUAGUCCAAAAGUGCCUGAUCAAAUGAAGCAUUUUCUCAUUAAGCCUUACAACAAAAAUGAGGUUGAGGUAGCUUUGAAGCAAAUGCCUCCCUCAAAGGCUCCUGGAAUUGAUGGAAUGAAGUGUGAGAAGCCUGAACAGGACCUUGAUAGCUCUCAUCCCUAA